AUGGAUUCCGGUGAGGAGACGGCUCAGAGAGAAGGAAUUCCAGAAAUAUUGAUUCGAAGAGCAGAAGAAUUGUAUAAUUCAGCUUAUGUGAAUCAGAUAUCAAAGAAGAAAGACCAAAUAAGACCUGUUUGUUCAGAUUUUGACCUCAAUAGCGCAGAUAAAAUCUUUGACCAAUUAAAUGGUGCAAGAAAAAUAGCUCUGGAUUCUAGCACAAAAUUAAUGGAGCGAAUGGGAAGUGCAUACAAGGAACUUGAAGAUGCUAUCUUUCUUAUCUGUCAUAAGAAGUUAAUCGAGCUGUGUAAAGUGAAAAAUGCGUCGGAAGUGGCAAAUGUGAAUUGUGUUCUCAUUUCUGCCAUGGAACAGUCAGCUCAAUCAACAAUUGGUGCUUUAAGUGUAUAUAUAAUGUUAAGACCUGACAAAAAGUUUUACGUUGGACAGACUGAUGAUCUUGAGGGCCGAAUCUGUGCUCAUCGCUUGAAGGAGGGAAUGGAAAAUGCUUCAUUCCUAUAUUUCCUAGUCCCUGGCAAGAGCACAACAUGUCAACUGGAAACUCUUCUAAUAAACCGACUUCCUGAUUAUGGCUUUCAGCUAACGAACAUUGCUGAUGGUAGGAACCAUAAUUGGUCAAUCCCCUUAUUGGUUGCAACGCGAGGUGCUGGUGUACAGAAUACAGUAGAGAUGCAGUCAAUGUUUCUUGUGACAGGUCCAAAUGGUGGGGGCAAAUCAAGCUUGCUGCGAUCGUUGUGUGCAGCUGCAUUGUUAGGAAUGUGUGGAUUCAUGGUUCCAGCUGAAUCAGCUGUCAUUCCUCAUUUUGAUUCAAUUAUGCUGCAUAUGAAAUCAUAUGAUAGUCCUGCUGAUGGAAAAAGUUCAUUUCAGAUUGAAAUGUCUGAAAUUCGUUCUCUGGUUACUGGUGCCACUUUAAGAAGUCUUGUACUUAUAGAUGAAAUAUGUCCAGGAACAGAAACGGCCAAAGGGACAUGUAUUGCUGGAAGUGUUAUAGAAACCCUAGACGCAAUUGGUUGUUUGGGAAUUGUAUCAACCCACUUGCAUUGA